UCUGAAAUUCAGUUAACUUGUUAUUAACGGUGAAAAGUAUGUGAAAAAAUUUAGAAAAUUUGAGAGAGGAGUAUGAUUGCACUGUAAUCUGUUUGUUGUGUGGGGUGCGGAUCUCGAUCAGCGAGCCGUAAAGCGGCAGAAAAUAGAAAAAGACGAAAGCAGCAUUUUCGUUUUCCUUUUGUCGUAAGAACACGACCUCUCCCAUCUCCAACCUAAUCGUUUCACUUUCCAUCACAAUCAUUCAAUUCCUCCCCUCUCUUCAUCACCUCCACACCCCCACGAUCCCACCUUCAAUUAUUUCCCGUCAAUUUCAGCUGAACUCUAACUGGUUGUGGAGCUUGGAAGGAGUUCCUGAACUGAAAUUGAAAUGUAUAUUCCUGUGCCGGUGGCUGCUUCAGCCACGCCCCGAGGUGGAUUGCCUACUGACAGUGGUGACUCUGUGGUGACCUUGGAUCAAGUUCCGCGAUGGAAUGAUGCUGAUCAGUCCUUGGGGUAUGACAAUGGAGAAUAUUCUGCUACAUACUUUCCUGAUCCUCUGGCAUCGCCUUCUGGUGUAGAUGGUAGUAGCAUCGGUUCUGUUUCAAGAUUUCCUGUUGAUCAUGAAAUUAACUCAAAGAUAUAUUUGUGGAGGGGAAAUCCAUGGAAUCUUGAGGUGGAUGCUGUUGUUAAUUCAACAAAUGAGAAUAUGGAUGAAACACACAGCAGCCCUGGAUUGCAUGCUGCAGCUGGGCCUGGCCUUGCAGAAGAAUGUGCGACUCUGGGUGGAUGCCGAACGGGGAUGGCUAAAGUUACCAAUGCAUAUGACCUUCCCGCCAGGAGAAUUAUCCACACUGUUGGUCCAAAGUAUGCUGUGAAGUACCAUACUGCUGCUGAGAAUGCUUUAAGUCAUUGUUAUCGUUCUUGCCUGGAGCUUCUAGUUGAUAAUGGACUCCACAGUAUUGCUAUGGGUUGUAUUUAUACAGAGGCAAAAAACUAUCCCAGAGAACCAGCUGCGCAUGUAGCUAUAAGUAAGUUCUUUUUUCCCCUUGCAUGCGAGAGUUGCACAACCGAUACAGAGAUAUAUAAACGGUUGCUUCCACUUUACUUUCCACGAGAUAAAAAUGAGGAGCAGUUUGCAUUUUCAAAACUUCCUGCAGAUGUUGGAGAUGAAAAUGGUGAGACCAUCAUAGAUGAGCGUAAAAUCAGAAUUAAACCUUUGCCUAAAAAGAAUGCUUCAAAACCAACUGAAGAUCCAGUUGAUCUUCCUGUCAGUGAUGCUGGCUUGGUUCGGAGGAAUUCAUCAUAUUUAGAUUCAUUUCUGGAUCCUGCGUUCAUGUCCUUGAUUAAAGACCCUGACCAAAGGCGUUUGGAGCAGUGGGAGAAAACUGCUGAAGCACAAAGAGGCUGGAAUUGUACCAAAUUGCUUGGAUAUGGUGACCUUGGUGGACCUCCACUGUCUGCUGCUGAAGAAUAUUCUCUCCACUCUAGAUACCUUUCUAAAGCAAAUUCUUUAAAUCUUUCUGAAAUUGCAGAGAUGAAAAUUGUUUAUCGUGGAGGGGUAGACAGUGAGGGUAGACCCGUCAUGGUGGUUGUGGGAGCUCACUUUUUGCUCAGAUGUCUUGAUCUUGAACGAUUUGUGCUUCAUGUGGUGAAGGAGUUUGAGCCCAUAAUACAGAAACCUUAUACUAUUGUCUACUUCCACUCUGCUGCUUCUUUGCAGAUGCAGCCUGAUCUAGGUUGGAUGAGAAGAUUGCAACAAAUACUUGGUAGGAAGCACCAGCGCAACCUGCAUGCAAUAUAUGUCCUUCAUCCAACUUUUGGGCUUAAGGCGGCAGUAUUUGCGCUACAGAUGUUUGUGGAUAAUGUGGUUUGGAAGAAAGUAGUAUAUGUUGAUCGACUUCUGCAGCUCUUCAGAUAUGUACCUCGCGAACAGUUGACCAUACCAGAUUUUGUGUUCCAGCAUGACUUAGAAGUUAAUGGAGGGAAAGGUGUUAUUGUGGAUCCAAGAACAAAAUAUGUUUACCAAAGACCAACAUGAAAUCAAUUAGAUCGUUGGCUGCAGUUUCUUUAUUAAUUGCUUUACCCCUUAGUCUCUCACUGGUAACGGGAAAGUAGGAGGGGAUAUGUAUGUGUUUGAAAUGUGAAUGGAAGCAUUUUUUGUUUCUUUGAAAUUUUUGAAGCCUUGAUAAAUUUCUGUAUUUAUGUAUGUAUAUGUAAUUGAUCUUCGAAGGUAGAUUAUUGUUGCUUUGUUCUUCUAAGUGUCUUGUACAUUCAAUGGAAGAACAGAUUAAUAAAGUUAGAUUAUUCUUGGUUAAUAAAAA